AUGAGGAACCAAACACUUGGGGUCACUCUUGGGGAAGCCAGCCAUGGAGGACCUGCUUUACCUCCAGAAUGCCCUAGUCAGUCGGUAGCUCCACCUUCCCGGUUCGCACAGCCCAGGCACCUGGGAACCCCUCCUGACCUGUUCCUCUUCCUCACCCUCUCCAUGCAAUGCAUCGGGCAGUCCAUAGAUUAUUCCUUCAAACUCCCUGUGUUCUCUCCAUCUCUGCCAACACCCUCCUGUACAGACCACCACUCUGUCUCCUGCCUGGGUCACUGUCGCUCUGCUGACUGUCCUGCCUAUGGGGCCCAGGUCACCAUGCAUCCUCCCAUUGACCUCCUCUCGGCAGACACAGAAGACUCUUUAACCCAUGACCCAGGCAGGGCCAGAACAAAGCCAGGCUUGGACGUGCGUGUGAUGAAGGUGCGGCUGACCCCUGCCCUCAGCCCCCUGUCUCCUGCCUCUGGGUCAUGGACGGCAAGGGAAGUCAGGACAUGUUUGUCCCUCACCUCCAUAAAUCUUCUUUUUAGCAGAAACAACUCUCUUCCCCCACCUUCUCCUUUCAAAGGCAUUGUGGUGAUGGUUGCAAGAAAUUUGGGUGUGGAGACAACUUCUGUCCUCUUGGGUUUCACAGAUUACCCAGAGCUUCAGAUUCCUCUCUUCCUUGUAUAUCUGAUCAUAUAUGUUAUCACUGUAGUAGGAAAUCUUGGGGUGAUAAUAAUCAUCAAGAUUAACCCAAAAUUUCACACUACCAUGUGCUUUUUCCUUAGUUACUUUUCUUUUGUUGAUUUUUGUUACUCUUCCAUCAUUAUUCCUAAACUGCUUGAGGAUUUGAUCAUGGCCAAUAAAACCCUUUUCUACUUUGGCUGCAAGUUGCAGUAGUUCCUGUCCUGCACUGCUGUGGUGACUGAGUGCUUCUUGCUGGCAGUCAUGGCCUAUGACCACUUUGUGGCCAUCUGUAAUCCUCUACUUUAUACAGUGGCCAUGUCACGGAGGCUCUGUGCCCUUCUUUUGGCUGGGUCAUAUCUCUGCAGUAUGUUUGACCCCUUGGUACUCCUUUGUUAUGCUCUCCAGCCAAACUUUUCUGAACAUAACUUAAUCAACCACUUUUUCCAUGAAUAUACUGCUUUAAUUGCUGUCUUGAGCUCUGAUAUACACAGUCCUCACUUACAGUUCUUUGGUUUUGCCACCUUCAGUGAGGAAAGUACACUACUCAUCAACCUUGAUACAUACGUAUUUAUUUUUGUGACUGUGUUAAUUAUCUGUUCUGCCAGUGGGUGUCACAAAGCCUUCUCCACCUGUGCCUCCAAUCUGACAGCCAUCACCAUCUUCCAUGUGACUAUCCUUUUUUUCUACUGUGAGCCAAACUCCAAAAAUUCUCAGCAAAUUGUCAAAGUGGCCACUGUAUUUUACACACUGCUCAACCCCAUGCUGAACCCUCUGCUCUACAACUUGAGGGAUAAAGAAGAGAAGGAUUCUAAGGAUGCCUUCCAGAAAUUAAUAGACACAAAAGUCCCAUUUCACUGA